AUGGUGCUACGGUUGCCCUUUGUUGGCGCGGCCCUCGUCUUCGUCUUGGUGAAUCUCCCAGCCUUCCUCUCCCCGCAGCAGAUCACACAGCGCCUGGUGCGGUGCGGCUCGGCCAAGGAGGUGCUGGAGAUUCUGCGGGGUCAGCGGAGGAAUCCCAGGCUCUCUGGGGCGGUGGCUCCUGCUUGGGUGAAGCUUGCGAAGCUCGGAUUGCGCGCGGAUUCCUCGGACCUGGAGGAGCUUGUGGCUUUGACCAAGGCCUGGCUCUCUGGGCCCUCCUUGCGCGGCCGGCAAGUGGCCAACGCCUUUUGGGCGGUGGCAAAGCUCCAAGGCCGGCAGCGCCUUCCGCCGCUGAGUGGCUUGCAGCUCGCCCUAGUUGCGGCGGCAGAGCAGAAGAUGCCAGACAUGAACGCCAUAGAGGUGGCCAAUGUGAUUUGGUCGGCCACGCAGCUCCCGGUCAGCGCCUUGGGAUCAAAGCUGCUGCCGGCGGCUACAGCACAGGCGGAAGUGGUGGUGUCGCAGAUGAACGCGCAGGACGUGGCCAACACGCUCUGGGCCACGGCGAAGCUCUCGGAUCGCGGCCCGCCGCUGCUGGGCCUAGUGCCAGCCUUUGCGGUCCAGGCUGCCACGGUGAUACCGCAGAUGAACGCCCAAGCAGUUGCGAACACGAUUUGGGCCAGCGCAAAGCUGGUGGAUUCCCACCGCGAGCUGCUGGCCUUGCUUCCCGCGCUCGCUGGCAGGACAAAGGAUUUGAUGACACGGAUGGAUGCUCAAAAUACCGUGAACAUCAUUUGGUCCACAGCGAAGUUGUCUGAAGAGCCUUCGGGUGGUUCGCUGCUUGCAUUGCUGCCCUUAUUGGUGAACUGCUGCCACCGUGUCAUGCCGCAGAUGAACUCCCAGGCUGUGGCCAACACUUUUUGGGCCACCGCGAAGCUGUCGGAAGAGUCUGUUAGCACUGCCCUGCCGGCCUUAUUGCCCGGUUUAGCCGACCAGGCUAGGCAUGUAGCACCAAAGAUGAAUGCCCAAGACGUCGCGAACACAAUUUGGGCUGCAGCAAAGCUCUCCGAGGAAUCAGUGGGCGACUCACUUGUGUCCGUGCUGCAGGUUCUGGCAGGACAGGCAAGAAGAGUUAUUCCUGGAAUGAACUCGCAGCAGGUUGCAAAUAUGGCUUGGGCGAUUGCAAAGCUUUCGGAAGGGUCUGUAGGAUCUUCCAUGCUCUUUCCUUUGCUGCCUCUGUUGGCUGACCAAGCACGCAAGACGAUACCAGACAUGAACGCGCAGGAAGCGUCAAACCUGGCCUGGGGCAUGGCCAAGCUUUCUGAUUCAGAGGCAUCCUUGUUGGCUGUGCUGCCUUCCUUGGUGAUUCGCCUAGGGCAGGUCAUGUCACGACUGAAUGCGCGAGAGGUGGCCAAUACCAUUUGGGCCGCGGGACGACUCGUAGAGCGCCCGGCCGGCCGAGCAUUGCCUGCCUUGAUGCCCUGGCUGAUGCGACGCGCCAAGGAGACCAUGCUGGACACGAGCGCCUACUCCAAGGGCUGUGGAUAA